CAGAACCGCGUCGCUACAGUUGAUAGAUACGCUGGUCCUUCCGUCUGCAGCUGGACUCUUGAUUUAUGGUGAUCUUCUGAUCACAAAUCCUUUACAUUUGCUACGUGCUGACCGGUACGCACGAAAACCAGGAGUUACUGUUUAAUAGGAAAGGAAAACCGAAGGACGAAGCGUUUACACUGGGCGAAGGUGUUCUUCAUCUCCAGCGCUUCCCACUAUACGGACACCAGCGCAAAAGAGCAGCAGAUCCUCAUCCACACGACUGCAUAUCAGCGUAACGGAGCCUCUGAGGUUUUAAUCUUAAGGAGAUGGGACUUGGGCUUCUGCCCAAAGGAGAACGUUUCCAACUCUGCCCCUAUAGCUGUCACCGGUUUGCCGUGAGGCCCCGUAUCCCCCUCUAAUGAUCUCUCUAUAGCCCGGUCCAGAACUGUGCAGUCAUGUUCAGGAACAGUCUGAAGAUGCUGCUUGGCGGCAAAUCCAACCGCAAGAAUCGAAACAGUGGCAGUGACUCUGUGGAGGGCGAGUGUGUGUUCGAGGGGGAUUACGCUGUCCCUCCUCUCCCGGUGACCGAGGGCAUGCAGCACAUUCGGAUCAUGGAGGGUGUGUCGCGCUCUCUCCCCUCCUCUCCUCUGCUGUCCCACCAGGCCCUCAACAUGCGUCUACAGCCGCUCAAGAGACUGCCAGGGGAAGAAAGCCAGGAUCUGGGUCCUCCUCCGUCUGUAGACGAGGCCGCCAACACACUGAUGACGCGACUGGGGUUCCUGCUCGGGGACAAAGUGAACGAAGGGCCUGGUGGAGCACAGUACAGCAUGGAGGAACAAGAUGACCCUCAGGGCGUCUCCAUGACCCAGAGGAUCAGCCCAUGCUCCAGUUUAGCUAGCAGCACAGCAUCGCCCCCUCCUGGCAGCCCCUGCUCCACGUUACCCGCUGGAGCCCCGGGUAACAUGGGCACCAGAGACUGUGCUUACGGUUCCAUCACGAGUCCCACCUCCACCCUGGAGAGCCGAGACAGCGGCAUUAUAGCAACGCUCACGAGUUACUCAGAGAAUGCCGAGCACGGAGGAAAACACAGCGAGGGCUCGCGGGGCAGCCUCAAACUCUGGCAGGCGCAGAAGUCAAUGGGUGCAGACUCCUUUCUUUAUCGGGUGGAUGAAAACAUGGCCGCCUCCACAUACAGCCUCAACAAAAUCCCAGAGAGGAGUCUGGAGCAUUCCAUCUCUCACUCCGCCCACUCCAUCCCCCUCUACCUCAUGCCCCGCCCCAACUCUGUGGCCGCCACUAGUUCAGCUCACCUGGAGGAUCUUGCGUAUCUGGAUGAGCAGAGACAGGCUCCACUGCGCACGUCUUUGCGUAUGCCACGACAAAACUCCAGUUCCAGCCGUUCUGGACAAGCUGACAUGAGAGUGCGCUUUGCUCCAUACCGGCCACCAGACAUCACCCUGAAGCCGCUUCUCUUCGAGGUGCCCAGUCUGACCCCCGAUGCGGUUUACACCGGCCGAGAAUGGCUGUUCCAGGAAGUGGACGCGUGUCUGCGCAGCAGCGAGUCCUCGGCCAAUCAAGGUGUGGUUAUUGUUGGCAACGUUGGCUUCGGCAAGACGGCCAUCAUCUCUCGCUUGGUGGCUCUCAGCUGCCACGGCAACCGCAUGAGACAGAUCACCUCUGACAGUCCACACGCCUCACCAAAACAUGGCGACACACUGCCCUUGAGCCAGCCUCAGUCUGCUUACGGCACUCUGGUCGGUGGGAGCAGCUGCCCUGGAACGCCCGAGAUGAGGAGACGCCAGGAGGAGGUGCUCAGAAGGCUGGCUUCUCAGGUGGUGGCGUACCAUUACUGUCAGGCCGACAACGCGUACACCUGCCUGGUCCCUGAGUUUGUGCAUAACGUGGCAGCGUUGUUGUGCAGGGCUCCUCAGAUGCAGGCCUACCGAGAGCUGCUGCUCCGCCAGCCGCACCUGCAGAGCACCCUCAGCCUGCGCGCCUGCGUCCAGGACCCUUUCAACGCUUUCCGCAGGGGCCUGCUGGAACCUCUGGACAUCCUGCAUCGAGAGAGGAAGAUCGCAUGUGAGGAGAACCUCAUCAUCCUGAUUGACGGGUUGAAUGAGGCGGAGUUCCAUAAACCGGAUUACGGAGAAACCAUUGUUUCCUUCCUGUGCAAAACCAUUGAGCGUUUCCCUCCCUGGCUUAAACUGGUGGUCACUGUCAGAACGACACUGCAGGAUAUAACUCGUCCGUUGCCGUUCCACCGGAUCUCUCUGGAUCGGCUGGAGGAAAGUGAUGCGAUUGACUCGGACUUGCAGGGCUACAUCCUGCACCGGCUUCACUCCAGCCAGGAGAUCCAGAACAACGUGGCGCUCAACGGCAAGCUGGACAACGCAGCCUUCACCAAACUCAGCGCUCAUCUGAAAAGUCUGAGCCGGGGCUCCUAUCUCUACCUGAAGCUCACGCUGGACCUCAUUGAGAAGGGUUACCUGGUGCUCAAAAGCUCCAGCUUCAAGGUGGUUCCGGUGAAUCUGGCCGAGGUUUACCUGUUGCAGCUGAACAUGCGUUUUCCAACUCAGUCGUCAUUCGAGCGCGUUCUUCCGCUGCUUAACGUGGCCGUGGCUUCUCUACACCCGUUAACUGAUGAGCAGGCCUACAGUGCCGUGAACGCCGGCAUGGUGCGUGGAGCGGCCAUGGACUGGGAGGAUUUCCAGCAGAGGUCUGAACUCCUGUCGCCCUUCCUGGUGAAAAGACGUGAUGGCACGCGCAUGUUCAUCCACCCCUCCUUCAGAGAGUGGCUCAUCUGGAGAGAGGAUGGAGAGAAGACCAAGUUCCUCUGCGAACCCAGGAGUGGCCACACACUGCUUGCUUUCUGGUUUUCACGGCAAGACAGUAAACUUAAUCGACAGCAGACCCUCGAACUUGGCCACCACAUUCUCAAAGCUCACAUCUUUAAGGGCCUGAGUAAGAAGGUUGGGGUUUCCUCGUCAGUUCUGCAGGGGCUGUGGGUGUCCUACAGUACAGAAGGGCUCUCUGCAGCUUUGGCUUCACUGAGAAACCUCUACACUCCAAACAUCAAGGUAUCUCGGCUGCUGAUUAUGGGCGGAGCUAACAUGAACUAUCGUACAGAGGUGUUGAAUAACGCCCCCAUCCUGUGUGUCCACGCUCACCUGGGCUACCUGGAGACUGUGGCUCUGCUGCUGGAGUUUGGGGCAGAUGUGGAUGGCGUUUCAGAGAGCGGACUCACUCCCCUCAGCUACGCAGCGGCCGCGGGUCACCUACCUGUCAUCACUGCCCUCUGCAGCAAGAAAGCCAAGGUGGAUCACCUGGAUAAGAACGGUCAGUGUGCGCUGGUCCACGCGGGUCUGCGGGGUCAUCUAGAGGUGGUGAAGUAUCUGGUGCAGUGCGAGUGGAACACAGACGGACAGCAGGCUGGAUCCUUCAGCAAGAGCCAUGCGGUACAGCAGGCCCUCAUUGCAGCCGCCAGUAUGGGCUAUACAGAGAUUGUAUCCUACCUGCUUGACCUACCUGAGAAAGAUGAGGAAGAGGAGGAACGAGCUGAGAUAAAUAACUUUGACACACUGUGGGGUGAAACAGCUCUGACAGCAGCAGCGGGUCGGGGGAAGCUGGACGUGUGUCGUCUUUUACUGGAGCAGGGUGCCGCUGUGGCUCAGCCCAACCGCAGGGGCAUCGUGCCACUCUUCAGCGCCGUGCGGCAGGGACACUGGCAGAUAGUGGACCUGUUGCUGAAUCACGGCGCUGAUGUGAACAUGGCAGAUAAACAGGGACGAACUCCUGUAAUGAUGGCUGCGUCUGAGGGACACCUGGGUACGGCUGAGUUCCUGCUGGCUCAAGGAGCCUCAUUGUCUCUGAUGGACAAGGAGGGGCUAACAGCGCUGAGCUGGGCGUGUCUUAAAGGCCACCUCCCAUUGGUCCGUGCUCUGGUUGAAAGAGGUGCAGCGACGGCCCAUGCAGACAAGAGCGGACGCACUCCACUGGAUCUUGCCGCUUUUUAUGGCGACUCAGAAGUGGUGCAGUAUCUGGUGGAUCAUGGUGCUAUGAUCGAGCAUGUGGACUACAGCGGCAUGCGUCCACUGGAUCGUGCGGUUGGCUGCAGGAACACAUCAGUGGUGGUGGCGCUGCUCAAGAAGGGCGCCAAGAUAGGUCCUGCAACAUGGGCAAUGGCCACAUCAAAACCUGAUAUUAUGAUUGUUCUGCUGAGCAAACUGAUAGAGGAAGGAGAUGGAUUCUACAAGAAAGGAAAGGUGAAAGAAGCCGCCCAACGGUACCAGUAUGCCCUGAAGAAGUUCCCACGAGAGGGUUUCACAGAGGACCUGAAGACCUUCCGUGAGCUCAAAGUUUCUCUGCUGCUCAACCUCUCCCGCUGCCGGAGGAAAAUGAAUGACUUUGGGAUGGCGGAAGAGUUUGCCUCCAAGGCACUAGAGUUGAAACCCAAAUCCUAUGAAGCCUAUUACGCACGAGCCCGUGCCAAGCGCAGCAGCAGGCAAUUCCACGCAGCCCUGGAGGACCUGAGUGAAGCUGUGCGUCUAUGUCCCAAUAACCGUGAGAUCCAGCGCCUGCUGCAACGUGUAGAAGAAGAGUGUCAUCAAGUUGAACAACAACAGGAGCUGGAUCCGCCUCCUUCCCCUCCCCACGAUCAAGCCCCAUCCAUGGUUCCGCCUCCUCCAAUGGAGCCCCACAUUUCAGACAUGGAGCCUGUCCAGGACUUGUUUGAGGAGGAUGAUGAUUACCUCGAGCGGGAUUUGGACGGCCUACCACUUGGUGUUCCUGCUGAGCCCCACACUAUACCAUCGGGACUUCCUGUCAUUCAAAACAUGCCUCCAUCUCCGAGCCAUCACGAUUCACCCUACUUGGGCCAAGCGUAUGAUUUUCGCCCCAGUCCCCCUUCAAUGUCUUCUCCUACCAGGCAAGGCUACCAGUCCCCCUCUCCGUCACUCUCACCAACGCACCAGAGCUCUCCCUUCCGGCCCAGUCCCCUUCAUCAGGCCUCCUACCACUUCAGCCCACCGCCAUCACCGUUACGCCGUGGACCACAGUAUCGUGCCAGCCCCACCUCUGAGGGAGUCGCCAUGUACCGUCCCCAGUCCGCCUCUGCAGGACGGUACCAGCAGGACCAGCUUGCAGGGCGACCCAAGUCCCCUCUGUCCAAGAUGAGCAGCCAACGUUCUUUCCAAUUUUCCCAACAGACUUCCCAGCCAUCACAACAGACCCAGUGGUUGCAGCCAGCCAAGGCACAGAUCAUCCGCACCAACCAGCCCAGCACCGCGGUGCACUCCAGUGUUGUACUGGGUAGUAGUGCAUACAGUCAGAUUGCUCACUCGAUGAGCGCCCGCUGCCCAGGAGACAUGGAUGAGCUUGGGGAUGGAGGGUACUCUUCCUCACUUCAACCUCAGGGCAGUCUGAGUGCAGGGGCCUUGUACCAGCGUGCCAUCAGCAUGGAUCCUGGCCUUGUGGAGGACGAGCUCCCUCAGAGGCCCUCCUCUGCAUACAGACCCAAUCCUGGAGGAGUCCGUUACGCUCAGACACCACAGAUCAGCCGCAGUCAGUCGACCGCCUACUAUCCAGUCUCGCCUCACGAAAUGGAGCGACAGGUGACUCUGGGUUCACCAGAGAACCUUCAAGCCCACCGACGUCCAGUCAGCGCGAAUAGUGCUGAACCCAAACAGCACCCACCAGCUCCACGCCCCCUUAUUCACUCCCACAGUACGGGUCUACGCUUCUCUCCAUCCAGCAACAGUUUGGUGGCAGGUUCUGCUGCUAACCUAGGCCCAGGGUUCAGGGUGUCAGCUUCUGCGCAGCAAAUGGAGAUCCCUCUAAAGCUUUCCUAUGAAGGCGGCUACCAUGAUGACCUUUCACCGGUGUCACCCCCACAAGGCACAGACUUCCGGGUGGUGGGUGGAACAUAUCCAGGAGAAGCACUUCGCUCCCGCACUACACCUUUCAUGGGAAUUAUCGACAAGACCGCACGGACUCAGCAGUACCUUCAGCAGCAGCCUUCGCUGGCAUCGUCCUCUUCGGGUUCUCGACCCUGGACCGUUUCUUCUCUGGAUACGGUGGUGAACAGUCCAGCCACUUCCCCUAGCAACAUAGGCUAUGGACAACAAGCAGCACCCCUCAGCCAUAUCGCCUACUACAACCGCACCAACAACGCUCACAAUGGCCACCUCAUGGAUGACGAUUUCUACGCCAACUCCCCUGGUGUGACACGGGACCGGGCGGACGCUAUGAGCCGAGUUAGCCAGGUUCCCACAUACCCGGAUGUGAAAGUGGCACGGACUCUGCCAGUUUCCCAGGCCUACCAGGACAAUGAGUUUAGGCAGAUGUCUCGAAAUGAAAGGCAAGGCCCAACCUCACCCAUUAAACCAAAGAGACCCUUUGUGGAGUCUAACGUGUAAGAAUAAAGAAACGGUGUGCAAGAUUUAUUAGAACAUUCUCGAGGAAUAUCUAACAUGUUGACCAUCUUAUCGCUUCGUUUUACGUCCCAUAUCUUGAUAAUGAAAAUAAAGACCUCUCAAGGUGAAUUUCACUGAUGUGAAUCUAGCAUGUACAAAUCAAAUGCAUCUAUAUUUGCUCUGGACACAAAAAUGAAAGUAUCAGGACCCAUUGGAGUUAUAGUAGGCCUGUGUAACUGCUGUACACCAACCUUCUACUUUUCUGUACCUUUCUGAGAGGGUGGCUGCUCAAUGCCAGUCAUGGACACAUUGCUGAGCAUGGCCCCUGGACCAGAUGUCCUCACUAAUGUCCCCACUCAAACCAGUAAUAUCCCUGAGAAUCUUGCUGUGUCUUGAGUUGAAAAUGUACCUAAAAUAUUCCAGAUCAAUAUUGCUAAAGCAAAAAACUAAUAUUUAAAAUUAAGUUAUGUUUGUAUACAUAUAUAUACACCUAAAUUUCAAUGCAGUUGUCUUUUCAGUUUGCCUUGAGUUGACAUGCACUCAGCAAUGUGAAAUAUUUUUUUGACUUUUCUGGGCAUUUUUAUUUUUUGUCAACAGGUUAUAAAGGUCAACAGGAUCGCUACCUUUAACGCAAUGCAAAUAUCUGUAGUGUUUGGUUAAUAAUUUCAUAUCUGCUCAAGGGAAGUAGCAUUCAGGUGGUCAGCUGUUAAUUUACUCGCUCUAAAGUAGUCACACCACUAAAACGGAAAUUGUCUUUUCCAAAGAAACUUUUCUCAUGGGUAGGUGUGGGGAAAACUUUUUUUUUUGCAGCCUCUGAAUUCACAUGCUCUCAUUCAUUAUGUUUUGAGAGUUUAUUUGGGCACUGAAACAUGCCUUCAGAACAUUUUCCCUGUUUGUUUUAAACUGUGAGUACUUGCUUUCAAAUAUGGGAAACCUGACUUGAUGUCAAAGCCUGUGUCAUGUAUCGCCAUUGAACUAACACUAUUGGUAGGUCAGGCACUUUUUUACAGAUGUCUUGGUGGGAAGAUGGUGACAUGUCAGAUUCACUCACUGGAUAUGACUUUACUAAUCAAUGUUCAACUGCUGUUGAAAAAGAGCAGGUAUUUUUGCAGUGUUUUAAUUAUUAUUAUUUUCUCAUUUUAAAGUUAUAUGAGGUGCACUCAGAGUUGACCUGGAAUACUGCUUACUGUACAACAGUGUUUGUAUUUAACUAUUUGUUUUCCUUUUGUAUGACCAAAAUGUAAAUGGCUGUAAAUAAUGUGCUGAACUAGAACGCAUGCUCUCUGCUAAUACACAAACCUGAGUGUG